UCGAUUUCCUUCCUGCGAAAUUUGGAGCUCACGGACGACGGGAUGAGUGAAGCUAUUAUUCCGGGAUUGCCCGAUGAUUUGGCAUUUAGAUGCUUGGCAAAGAUCUCGCAUGGAUAUCAUGGAUUGCUGGAAUGUGUUUCCAAGAAGUGGAGAUGGACGAUCAAGAGUUCGGAUUAUGCGAAUUUGAAGGCAAAAGAGGGAUGGUGUGGGAAUUGGUUGUUUGCUUGUACACAUAUGGGGCAUAAGUCUCAGUGGAAUGCCUAUGAUCCAGAUGCAAAUAGAUGGCAUCCUGUUCCUGGAUUUCCAUGGGCAAAUUAUGAAAGUCUGCGCGGAUGUUCGUGUAUUUGUGUGUGCAAAAGGUUCCUAGUGGUUGGUGGGUGCUAUAUGAAAGGGAAUCUUGGAACAAAUAAUGUGAUCAUGUUUGAUCCUUUUAAGCAGCAAUGGAGUUGUGUUAGCAGUAUGAGAACAGCACGGACCAAUUUUGCUAGUGCUGCCAUCAAUGACAAGGUUUAUGUAGCUGGAGGGAACAACUCAGAUUCCACUGAAGGUCUUUCUGCUGCAGAAGUUUAUGACCCGUAUCUGGACAGAUGGGAAGAUUUGCCUCCGAUGCCCUUUGUGCUUUUUGAAUGUUUCAGUGUCUCCUAUGGAGGCCAAUUUCAUGUCAUUGGGAAGAAAGCAAGCAAUUUCGAAUAUGAUACAUAUGUCAUCUUCAAUCCUAUAAACCAAACAUGGCACAUUGUUGAAGACUUGUGGCCGUUUUCCAAGUUGUCCCGUGAGUAUACGACGGUCACAGAUGGUGGUAUCUAUGCCAUACUUGAUGAUGACAUUGUAAAAGUGACAAAUAAAUAUAUGAGGCCAUUAGGCACAUUUCCUGCAAUUAUUCUUCAAGGUCACGUCCGCCCUUUGAAGCCAUUUGGAUUUAGCCUUAUUGGUUUUAAACAGAAGUUGUAUGUUGUGGGAGGCAUGGCUCUGAGAUAUGAUUCAGAUGCUCGCUCAUACGAUGUUGUGGAACUAAGUACAGUGAGGUCUUUUGAUCCGACAAAAAUGCCCCUUGAAUGGUGUGAUGUUAGACCAAUGCCUGUGCAAUCCAGCGGUGUAAUAGGAUGUGCUUUGGUUGAGUAAUGAUCCUCUCCCAUCUUUUGUAUCUCAUUCCUCUUUGAAGAAAGGAUUCAUGUACUCAUCUCUAAAAAUUAGGGAUAGAGGCUUUGAUGUUGUUGUCGUUGUCGUCAGUCAUCAAAGUUGUUGUCUUCAUCUUCUUGAAUAGUGAUGUCAUUUAAGGUCUUUCAACUUGAUGGUGUUUAGAGCAUGUUAUUGUAUAUAUGGUCUGUUGUUCUAAUGGUAUUUGUAACAUGUACUUUGCUUAUUGCUUCCAUUUGAUGGGUUUUAUUGCGUCAA